CAAAUUUUUUUAAAGAAUAUCAUGCAGAAGCUUGAAUCAAGCCACAAGGAUGACUGGAAGGCGCGAUACAAGAUCCUGUACUCUGCAGGCGGGCAGCGCAAACGUAGUGAGGAGUCACGACGGAUCUCGUUCCUGGGCAGUGAGUCAGGGUCCGCGAUGCUCCUGAAGCUUGCCCAACGAGACCAGAUAGAUCAGAUCAACAGAAACUGCGGUCAGACUUCGUUUAUGCAGCAGAAACGAAGAUAUUCGGACUAUGGGAAUAAGUCGAGUAUAGAUGACACAGAGUUCCUCAGCAUGGUCUGUGCUCACCAUCGCGAGCUGGCGGACGAAGUAUGCGCCGUCCCCGAGCUGGCUGCAGGCAAGAUGGACAUCGCUAGUCAAGAGUGUUGCUCGUUCGGCGCGAGCGUUCGAAGUCUGCGGAGCAUGUCACGGUCCCGCGUGUCACGGAUGUCGACACGCCGUGAUAUGGACAUACCCUCUAUCUUGGCGUUCUCCGCCGCUGCUACUCCACCGAAGGAGCACCUAUCGCAUCCGCUAUUUGAAAAAAUCGAGACUCAGCAACCUUCGACACCGCGCUGGUCCAUCAGAAAGUCCGUGUGCCCAGUCUGCUCGCAGAAAUGGCGUGAUCGGAGUUCUAUAUUCAAAAUUAAAAAUUCCGGCCUGAAGAAGAAUUCUUCGCAUAACAAUUUGCCGUCCAUAAUAGCUCCUGCACGACUGCGUUCGUCGAUUAACAUGGGAUACAAAUUACCAAAUAUCCCAACAACAGUUGAAGAAAGUAGUAGCACUUUAAAAUGUAGGACUAGGAGUAUGAAUGCUUCCUGGCAACUAACUCGAGCCAGAAGAAUAAGACUACCCAAACCUCAAAUGCAGUGUCUAAGCAAAACUGGUCCACCUUGCAAUAAUGCCUUUACAGAAUUAGAUUCUCGUAUUAAUAAAUUUAUGAAGGAUGAUUUUUAAACAUUGAAUAAAGUAUCUUCAUUGAAC